AUGCCAAGUCAGGAACAUAAUCUAGUCGGAGAAAGGCAAGCUACCCACGGUGUGCCAGAUCUUGAUAACCUUGUACCUGAUUCCGUGUCUAAUCAUAAUAAAGAUGUUGAAUUUUCUGAGUCUAGAAUUACCACGGAAGAGAAAAAUGAUAAUUCAUCUCAAAAAGAUACACCAAUUAAUAAUCAAUAUAAUCAAACUCGAGAUACAAACGUACAAAACACUGAACCGAUGGACUGGACGCCGACAAAAUCAGAUGGAUCUCUUCCUUCCCCUGUACGAUCACGAUCGCGAUCUGGUUCUGAAUCACCGUCGUCCAAUAAGUCUGUUGCUGUCAAUUUAAUUCCGCUGAACGAUUCGAUUUCAUUUACUCCAAAACACCUUUUAUUUACUCCUGAUCAGGAGAUGAAGGUGGGUAGAGUGAGCGGAAGUCGUAAUCAAAAAGAAGCAAAAGCGGAUAAUGGUGUGUUCAUUUGUGAUGUCAUGUCUAGAGAGCAUGCAAUGCUUAAAGAAAAAAAUGGAAAGAUUUUAAUCAAAGAUACUAAAAGUACUCAUGGUACUUUCGUCAACAACAGUAGGCUGGGAGAUGGUACACAGGAUAGUGAAUGGCGAGAGUUAUAUCAUGGUGAUGUUAUCACCUUUGGACAUAGUGUAAGACGUAAUCAAAAUUUGUACAAGCAUUUAUCUGCUUGCGUUUAUUACCCUAGAGGAAAGAAAGAUGGGCAAAAUAUACCAAUCUCUCUCAAUGGUAAUUCAGUAAUUGGACAUACUAUAGAUUCGGCGAAAAACAAAUCUGAUAGACUUGAAGAACAAUCAUCUUCCGUUGCGAUGACGAACAUAGCACGAAUCCAAAAUCCACCUAUAGAACCUUCCGCACAACCUACAUUAUUAAACAAUAAAAAAGAAACAACAGCAGAAACUCAAUCAAAUAACAUAGCCCAAAAGGCUGAUGAUGAUCAGGUAACAUCUGCCAAUGAUGCUGAUAACGAUAAAAAAGGUUCUACCGAAUCAAAAUCGCGUGAAGUAGGACCUACUGAAUCGCCUGGUGAAGUAGAAAAACGAGAAGUUACAACUAUUGCUAAUAAAACUGAAGUCCAUCCUCUAAAAGAAGAAAUUGUGCCCUCUGACGAUUUCCAUAAAGUUAAUGAACAUAAACCAGUAACCCCAGCAAUUACUCCGGAUCCUAGUCCGGUCGAAGCACCUGUUGAUGAUCCAGUUAAUAAUCCACAAAAAACAUCUGCAGUCACCAUUUCAAUUAAAGAGAAAGUUUCCUCGCAAGCUUUAGUAGAAACAAAAUCUAAAAAUCCGUGUAUGGGUAGUAAUGAAAAUGUGUGUUAUGUAAGUAACGGAGAAGGCCCAUCUCACGCUAAUGAAACCCAAAUUACCACUUCUAUUCCGUAUCGUAAACGCAAAUUUGAAGAAGUAGAUAAUAAUUUAGAACAAGAGCAAGUGGACGUACUCAAUAGACGAUUAGCUGAAUUAGAAGAGCGAGCAAAUAAACGCAGGAGGUGGGAACUUAUUACCUCUACAGUAAUUGGGAUGGUGGCCGGUGUUGUCAGUCUUGGAGUCGGUGCCUACAUGCUAGGAAAUUAA